AGUCUCCCCGUGACUAAAAGAGGGCGCAUCGACAUUUGCCCAUUUACAGCAGCCGGCGGCUGGAACCAGAGGCUAGGAGCUUGUAUUUUCGACCCGGGGAGCUCACACAGGCUCGAGCACUGUUUUAAAGCGCAAAAUGGAUCCACAGACGUUUUUAGAUGUAGCCACAGUUGUGACUAAACUUAAAAUGUACCCAUAUUUCGAUGUUGCGCAUUAUGUUUUGUGCUGCUUGGCAGUGCGCGAUGACAUCGUUUCACAAGCUCAAACCGCUGCUGGCCAGGCCCUAACAUUUCAGAGAAAGCACCCGCUGUCCAGCUGGCUGUCAUCUAUGCUGGUGUGCUUUGCAGGAAGCAUUGUGGCUAAUUUUCUAUUGGGAGAACCAAUUCUUACACCAUUCAAAGACCAGCGUGAUCUUGCCACAGCUUCUAUAAUCUGGUAUAUGAUCAACUAUUGUCCUUUCGACCUGGUCUACAAGCUUGCAAAGCUAUUACCUUUUAAGCUUCUGAUAUGCAUGCUAAAAGAAGUGCAGCGCGCCCACAAAGUGUACCACGGUGUUGUACACACUGCAAAGUUGUAUCCCAGUGCCUACGUGGUUAUUGUUGUCAUCGGGAUAGUUAAAGGUAAUGGAAGUGGCUUAAUCAAGAAUUUUGAACGACUUGUGCGGGGUAUUUGGAUCCCAGGAAGCAAUGAACUUCUGCAACCCACUUUUGUGACAAAGGAGUGCCUUGUAGCUUCCAUUAUCUUUUUGCUGGAGCGUCUUGGCUACAUUGCUGUUCCUCAUCCCCUCAUUUACUUUGGUGUGGUCAUCUUCUUCGUCUACUUCAAGAUUUCAUCCCUCCUUCUUGGGAUCGUUGACCCAUUUGUGCCACUAGAAAAUCUCUUCUGUGCUAUCUUCAUGGGUGGUAUGUGGGAUGCCAUGAGGCGUGCUGUCAAGACAGAGCCUGUAAAGGAGGAGGACAAAGAUGGUCUCCUUCGCAAUGAUGUUAUCAAGUCAAAAGAGGAAAAGAAGAAGGAAUAAAGACCGAGAAUGAAAGAGCAAGAUCACAGUCGAAAGGUCUGUUGGUGUGUAAGAGAAACUGUGUCCUAAUUCUUUUGCCUUUCCUACUUUGCCAAACACAAUUUUUCCUUUGUUGAGGAAUGACUGUUGCGAUUUGUGCUUAGGUGAUAGUAUACAUUUCUUAAUUCCAUAAAGUAUUUUGACGUUCCAGUACAACACCAAAGGUUUUCCUUUUACCCUUUAGGCCUUUGAUUGUUGUGAAUGUAAAAAUGAAAUUUUGUUACGCAUCAGCUAGUGGAAUCUGAUUUUAUUUUUCCCUUUUUCUCUUAGAUAGCUCAUGAUCAUAUUCAUUUUUUUCACUUGAUUGGUGUCAAUAUGAUCAUAAUGUUAUGAUUUAUAGGAGCUUAUGAUUAUGGCUGGAUUGGUAAUAUGUUUUUCCUUGCUGUCCUGUAUCAAAGAAAUUAAUUUAGCUAUAUUGUUGAUUCUCAACGAAUUAUUUUCAUCUUUUUCUCAAUAAUCUUUGCAAUAAAUGUCAGUUUAAAAGGUUUUUUUUCAAAAAUGGUUUUUUUAUGCUUAAAUUUAUAUAACACUUUUCAUAUUUAAAGUGAAAUUAUUUGAAUCCUCAUCUUUCAGGCACUUUUAAAUUAAGCAGUUUUUGAAAAUUUGCCAUAUCAAGGACUGUUGGUUUGGAUAAGUUAGCUGGUCUCAGAAAUGCCUGUACAGUGCCAUAUAUUCCCAGAAGUAAUUUUUCAUUACAACAAACUUGAUCAAACCAGCUGUGAUUUUCUCAGCAAACCUGACCUUAGCCAUUGUACUUAUCAAGGAAAAUGGUAAAGUAUAAAGAUGAUCUAGGGGGAAUAAUGUCCUUUGGCCAAAGUUAAACAGUGAUAUGUAAGGAAUGGUUGCAGAGGUGGUAUUUAUUUUUUUAAUUUUUUAUAUGCUAUCCAUAAAUGGUCUGCAGAUUUUCAAUCAAGUUAAGAUGACAAAUCAACCAUUGGUGAUGGUGUUUGCAUAUUUGUAAGAGCCGAGAUGACAACUAUCAAUUAUCGAAAUUGUAUUUGAUAUUGUUUUUAUAGGUAGUAUGUAAAACUGUGGCUUAAGGCUAUUUUCAUUAUGUUUGCCUUGCCUGUUAAAUCAUUGCUUUCGUUUUCACAUCAGAACUUUAAAUUCAUAUCAAGGCUCAGUACUAAACACUCACAGAUGUAAUUACUUAAAUGCACAUCAUAACUAGAUUUUACAUCAGUGCUCACUAGUAAACAUUCUCUUGUGUGACUACUUAAAUGUCAGUUGGUAUUGUUUAUGGUUUUAGAGGAUAAGUGUGAGUUCUUAUAUUAGUAGUGUGUGUGGGUGCCUGUUCAAAAAUGCAAUGAAAGUUAAUCUUCAAGUGGUGCAGUGUUUCACAGACCUUUAAAGGACUGAAACAUGGUAAUCAUGGGAAACUGCCAUUAAAAAACAAAUAAUCUUGCUCCAAAUACCCUUCUUAGCACAUUGUGCGAUAACAAUACUCCAAGCAGCAUAGUGUGGCAGUACAUAUUUCCAGAGCUAUCAUAUUGCUCCCAAAAUGCUCAAGCACUGCAACGUUGCCCUGCAGACUCUGUAUAUCUACAAACUGCCUGGUUUGCAGAAUUAUGAUCCUAGAGACUGAAAUUAUUUCUAAUCAAAAUAACCAGUCUGUCAGGUCGCUGCAUAAUUUAGUUUCUCUACAUUUGAAGGACAUGAUUAUGAAUACUGCUGGUUUAAAGUAGCAGCUUGUCUGUUAUUCUAGAUCAGAAAGUAGAUUUAGUGUAUGUUUCAUUUUUGAAAUUUUCAGCUCUUUGGCAGAUUACAAUUUGUUUCUGGUGCAAGACGAGAUAAAGGUGUGAUGGUGUAUUUAUCUGGCAUGUUGGUGCAAUUAAAAUAUUUUGAUUGGAAGAAUUUUUUUGGCUGUGAAUACUUGACAGUUAAAGAGCAUAAAAAUUACUUUUCGGCAGGGAUGUUACGAAAGAUUUGAAAUUUGUGAUUUACACUGUGGGGCAAAGAAAUGAUUUUCCUGUUGAUGUGCAACAUGGCUGGCCAAGAAUUUUUGUCAUUGACAACUCUGCCUCCAUGUCUUACCUGUUUAACAGUGUCUCAUUGUCUGGUCCAAUAGUGUGCUCUUUGGUAGUUAUGAAGUUUCAGUCACUCUCAGUUCUAAUGUUUUUGUUUUGUGUGAUGAUAUUUUCCUUUAUACAUGUGUUUUCCAGAGUGUGUUUUUAACACCACAUGUAACAUUGUAUUCAGAUGGCAUAUCCAUAGAUUUUCCUUGUAACUUGAGUGGCAUGAAAACUAGUAAGAAACAUGGCCUUCUAAUAAAUGUGUCUGUGAUUAAGCCAUUGCAGCUGCAGCAAAUGAAGCUUAAGUUCGACAAAGUGACUUAUAUCAGCAGAGGAUAUAGUCUGGGAACUCCACAUUCCAUUGAUGUUGUACAGCUGAAAGAUGCUCCUAAGACCUGAGUGAAAGAACUUUUGAAGCUAGAUUAUAAUCUAGAUAGUUCAUUCAUUUAAAAAUUGAAAGCAGACAACAGGAAAGGGGUCCACCUAGGUGUGUUUAAGUCUAAAGGUACAUUUUAUGUGUCAGCAUGGGUACAGACAGACAGAAGUUUCAUUGGAGGGAGUCUGGAAGGUUUCAUUGGUACCCUAUUUUUUAGUCCACCUUCCCUCCUCGGCUCACACACUUUAUCUCCCAUUACCCUGUCCACCCCUCCCCCACCUCACCUAGGAAGGUAACCUUAACAACUUUUGGAAUGUGCAAAGCUAUAAAACAUAUUUAUUUAACAAUUAGACUGUCACUCUGCAUGUUGUAGUAUGUAUUUAUGACAUCAGAUAAUUUGUGAUUAAAAAAAAAGGAUUUUUCCACCUGAAAAGCUUUGCUUCAUGUUUCACUCAUUCCUGUUCCUCAGAUUGUACCUGUACCAUCUUCCUGCAGCAUGGUAGCUAUUCCCUGAAUCAAAGAACUAUAAUGAUUUUUAGAUAACAUUGUGAUGUGCCCUACAAAUUAAAAUGUUAUCUCAUUUGCCUUGUAAAAGAACUUACUGGUGUUCUCUGAAUUUUCCUGCCUGCUUAAUCAAAAUUAUGAUUAAAAAUGUCACUUCUGCAGAUUUUCCCAGCUUGUCCAAAUGUUUGAACAAAGACAUCUUCAGUAUGAAGGAUUGUUUCUUAAUAGUGUACAAUUUUAUUCAUGAAUAUCCCUCAGAACAUUUUGUGGGAAUGGCAUAGAUGCCAGACGUUAAAAAUUUUGAUAUUCAUGAUUUUGGGUGACUGAGGUCUUGAUCUCAGGCCAUCUGUCUGGUGAUGGUUUCGCAACAUGAACAGAUGUUAAAAACAGAUUUUAUUUGGUAAUAAUUGAUGCUUUACAUAACCAACAGCUAUGGUACUUGUUCUGAUUGUUUUUUCUUUGAGUUUAUCCCUAGUCAUGCCUGCACACAGUCAUGGACAAAGAGAAACAUCUGACCAUAGAAAAACCAAUGCUUUCUAUAGUCACUGAAAAGUUAUUUUACGCGUACAUUUUUGCGUAUACUGAAGAAUUAUUUUAAGCAGCACUCCUAAUUUGUUACUUUUUUAUAUAUAUUAUAUAAAGUGUGCACGUUGAUGCUGUGUGUCAUAUUCUACACUAGAAUAGAUGAUAACAUUUUCUAGUCUUCCAAAUAAAUAUACCGAUGAUGUUCAUUUGGACAGAUUGCCAGAAUAGACUCUUUAAACUUUUUUUACAUCAUACAACUUUUAUUCUAGGAUUUCGUUGGGGAUGGACUGAUGGCGUGAUUGUUAGCGCCUGUCACCAGAACGGUUAGGAUAGUCUGUCCUGGGUUCAGAUCUCGGGCAUGCUCUUUUUUUCUCUACAUGUUGUACCUGGUUACAAGGCCAGCUGGCUUGGUGUAAAACACCAAUUUCUCUCCCCUUCCAGUAUUUCUUGUGGAUAAUCGAGUCGUUUCUUGUUUCAUCUCUCACAUUUUUUUCCCUUCUUUAGGCGAACCUAAAAUAGGGAUUUGAAAUAUUCUUACAUUUCACUUUAAAACCCCUUCAACCAGCCAUCCACCCAAAGUAAAUAAUAAGAAUGUUUUAGAAGACAUAAAUCUAUGCAAAUUCAGUUUUUAAGAAGCAUGUAGAUGUUAUAAUGCACGUAAAAGUAGAGUGAAACUAUGGAUAUCAAAGUUCAUAAUUACUUUAAAAAACAAAUUACAUCAGGGAUGACAGGAGCUCAGAAUAUGACCAUCAGGAAGCUCAAAUAUCAAGCAGAAUACUCAUUGUACUAACAGAAACCAAGCCUUUUUCAUAGAUAUCCUCAGAGUAAAGAGCAUCAUGAAUCCCUAAAUUACAUGCACAUAUUAAUGGUGACUAAGGCAUUUUUUGGUAUGCCAGGUAUUUAUAUUUUGAUAAUUUUAGCUACUUUUUUCACAUGUUUAUGGUCUCAGAAUAGCGACUCUCAUACUUUCCUCAUAAUCAGAAUCAUUAGAUUAUUCAGGAACUGUUCAUUAUUUUACACCUCUGAAUUUGGAAACUUUUGAUAUUUGCAUUUAUAGCCAAAUGGUAUUUUGGGUAAUGAUUUUUUUACAUAACAUUAAUCCCUUUUCUUAUCAAAAAUGGAUGAUCUUUUCAAACCAUUGAGUGGUUUGUCAUUUUAUACAUCAGGACAGAUAAAACAGCCAAGCUGGCUCUCAUUUUCUGUCUCAUAAUGUCUGCCAACAGUCAGCUGGCAGGAGAAUUUUUCACAUAUCUGUAUGUCUUCUUAUUCUUUUGGUCCUCAACUCCAUCACCUUCAAAAUCAUGUUAGUUUCAUUUUGUGUACUUUAUCUGUGUGAUUCCUAUAAAUUAUGAUGAUUUGAAUCUUUUUAAAUCAGUUUUUGUUUGUUUGACCCAAGCAGGCAUGUUAAUUUUAGACUGGUUAAAGAUUAUGUGUAGUUUCCCUUUCCCUCUUUUGUAAACUUUCAAAAGUUAAUCACAACCUAUGAAGCAAGUUUCUUUCUGGGGGUCUGGUUUUAUUGUUUUUGGUUUGUUUUGAUAGAUUAUGUUUGGUUACUGUUAAGGUAUGGAGACACCAACUUCAAACCUUAAAUUGUGUGGAUUCUGUGUUCCUGGUUGUGGAAAGUUGCGUUGGUGAUCCAUUGAAAAAUAAACUUAGAAAAUGUC